GAUCUGUCAAAGAUUUCUAUGCGCAUUAUCAAUUUUGGAGCACUUGUACUCGUUAUUACAAUCUGCUUAGACACCUAGGCACGCUGUGUUUACCCUUGUAUUACCGUGCUAGUCCUGCGAAAUAUGCUCAGCCCUCAGAAUAAAAAAGAGUUAUCUUAUAGCUCAGAAUAAUAAUCUGUCAUUUAAACCAGAAUACGACACUGGCAGAAAUUGAUAGCAACACCGAAGUUGAAAUCACAUCAAACCGAUUACGCGCCAAUUUAAAGUUAAUUUUUAUUUUCUAACUUUGUUGGGGUGGAGUGGAAAUAAUUAAGAAAUAUUUGUUUUUUUUAUUUAUAUAGUUAAGCGUUACAAAAAAUAUUAUAAUUACGUAAAUUACGCCGUAAAAAGUUUACUAAACACUCUAAACGUAGAAGUUAGCUGGACUGGGACAAUAAACUUCAAAAACAAAACGUAACCUAUUAGGAACUCCUAAUGCCUAGUAGCAGCCAUCAGAUCUAGCUCAAACUGGGGCAGCUGAUAAUAAUAUCGCACUUAACAGUGGUAUGAGAGAAGCAUCUGUAUCAGAUAUAAUAAGUAGUUCUAAAAAGAUUUCACUGUAAAAUGGAGUGUGAGAAUGUAUUAAAGCUAGAUCCUGAAAUAGCUUACGAAAACUAUGAAAAUUACGUAAAAGCGCUCAUUGAAAAUGAGAAAGCUGGUAGUACUUAUGCAAAUUGUGAAUCGAAAGUGGAAGUACCAUCAGACAAACAUAGUUUUAAUGUUCAACAUUCUUUAGCUGAUGUACAAAUUACUGCCACUCCAUUAUUGCCGAAUAUGGAUUCAACAAAUAAAAGUACUAAGUUGGAAUAUUUUACAUAUGGUGAUAUUGCAAAAAAAUAUGAUCUUGAAAGUGAUAAAGUUUUGGAGGAAAUUUCAUUCUAUUACAAAGAACAAGGUACAGAAACUGUAAUAGAAGUUGAAAAUAAUACAUAUGAGCGACUUAAAACUGCAAUACGUAACGAUAACAGGGAAAUGUGGAAUGAUGAAGCUGUUUCAACAGAUCACAGUAAAACUCUUGAUAAUGAUAUUGAAAUGUACCUUAAAAAUUGGAAAGUAACUAACCCAACAGUAAAUAACAAUAGCUUUGUGGAUGUGGAAGAAUUGUCCAUGAACCAUUCAAAAAAAAUCACAAGUCUUAACUCAACAGUAUAUGAAACCCUCGAUGAGAGUACAAAAAGCAUGUUGGACGAAGUAAAAAUGGAUAAAUUUGAAACUUGCUGGUCAUCAUAUCAAACUAACUUUUAUUCUUGGAUUAAUACACAGUAUUGCAAACCCAACGCAGUUUUACCAAAUGGUAAUGAUAUAAGAGAAGCAGAUGAAAUAGAAGUAAUUUCUUUACUCUCUGACGAAGACAUAACUCAUAUUCAAGAUGAGGUGGAAUCCGAAUGUUCUGGUUAUCAUUCGUCAGACUUUGAGUUUAUCUCUGAAGAUGAAGCUAAAAGGGAUGGAAUGGUAAUUAACUUCAGAACUAAGGAUCUUGGCAAACCAAUUUCAGAAAAAAGAGCACAUCAUCGUUCAGAAGUGGUUAAUAUUGAAAUAAGUAAAAUAGACAAUAACAUUAGAAAUGAUGUGCACAAUGGAAAUAAACCAGAAAAUACAGGUCAUGUUAUACCAGAAGGAGAUGCAUACUAUCACUUAUUCAGUGGGCUUUACAACCCAACUUUAAUUAGACAUUGGGAGAACAAGACAAUCACUAAUAACUGCAGCAAUCCUAUGCUCAUAGAAAUUGACGGUGUUGGCUUUGAUAAUGCUGCCAUUAGAAAGAUGAAUCGAAUUCAGAAAGUCAGUAAAGAACUUAAAAAGGAAGCUGCGGAUUGUAAGAAAAGAAUUUUAGAACUAUAUCCAGAAGAAAACAAGCGAUUCCGACGAUUUUAAUUUUACUUCCCAAACAUAAUAUAAUUUACUUUUGUUUUUAAGAGGCGACUAGGUUUUAUAAAAUAAAAUUCUAUUUAUUCUUAGAAAAUAACUCUUUAUU